AGGAAAUUGCUGUACUUUAAAACAAAAACAUUAAAAAUUUGAAAACAGCAUGUUGGCGUAAACUGCCCGAUAUAUCUUUAUUUCUUUCAAAAAUGAUCAGGAAAAAGACUAUUUUAGCAUUCCUUAUCGCUUACGUUGUUGCAGUAUUAGCCAUCUCUGAUAAAGCAGCUAACACUGACUAUACGAGCAGUGAGAUGGAGUCAAGGACAGACAGCAUAUCAGAAACAGAAAAUGACAAUGUAUAUAAUUCCCACAAACAAGACAGUUCUGAUGUAAAUAGAGACAUGGUCGAUGAUAUAAAUAGUUUAGAUAGGAAAAAUGUACCUGAAGGCAAUGAGCCUCAAGAAAAUAUAAUUCAAGGAGACCAAGUAGAAAUAAGUGAUGAGAAAAUGAAUAACAGACAAAAGCAUAAAAAUAUGGCAGAAAGCGACAGUGGAAAUGAGCCGGUUAAUAAACAAGAACAAAAUAAGUUGGAAGAUGGAAUUGAGCAGUUGGAUGCAGAGGAAAAGAGAGCUGAAUAUAAAGAUAAUAUUGAAACAAUAGAAUAUGAUGAUGUUGGUGAUGUUAACACAGAACCUGUGAUUUCAAGACAAGAUGAGGAAAUAACAAUGUCACACAAUGAAAACAAUGAUGUCAAGGUACAUAUAGAUACAACUGGGGACAAGGAUCGGCCGGAGGUAGAUAGAUCUCGUUUAAGCGAGGAAGAAAGUAGUUUUCUCUCAGAGAAGGUCAGUGAUAAUGAGAAUGAUAAGAAUGUGCAGGAAUCUCCAGGAGAAAGGAGGAUUUUGAGUGACUCAGAUGGCGAGGAAAAUUUGAACAAAGUUGAAGCAUCCUAUGAGGUGCUUGUUAAGCAAGAAACUCAACCAACUGAGACACAACAAUCACCUUCAAAUUCUGAGAAUGAAGGCCAGGAUGAUAGGAAUGAAAAAAUACAAUAUGAGGAAAUUGAAAGAAUUUCCAGACAUCAUCAUUUAAAUGAUAAAAAUAUUCCUGUUGAAGAAGACCUAGAUUCCAAGCCUAAUAUCAUAGAUACUGUGAAAGUGUCUAUUGAGCAAGGUCAUUCUUCCAAUGAUGAAGAUCAAGUGCAGGAAUCAGAAAGUGGUCAAAAUGCAAAAAGUGCAGAUGAACAUUUAGAAAAGAAACCGGAUUUACCUGUUCAAGGUGAAUUCAUAAAGGAGAUGGAUGAAAGUGAUGGUGAUAUUGUUCAAGAUUUUGGUGGUUUAGAAAACGAAAAGCAAACAGUGGAAACACAAGGUGAUAAUGAACAUAAAAAUGAUGCAGCUGAAAAGGAAAAUGUGGAAAAGAAAGAGACAAAUGAUGAAGCUAAUGAAGAGGUUCAUUACGUAACAACUGAAGAUACUCUUAAAAAAACUCGUUCAUCUUCUUUUUAUGAGUUUGAAUAUGUUGAAAGAGGAAGAGAUGAACCAGAAAGUUCCAAUUCUCCUGGUGUGAGAGAGAGCAAGGAUGAUCAUACCAGCCUAGACAGAAGCACAACAGGUGAAGAUGAAGAUGAAAGAUCCACAGAGGAUGAGAAGGAAGACACCACCAGUGAAGGUGAAAUGUUAGCAGAUGAAGGUAGCUUAGAUCAGGAUGAGGAAUCGAAUGUUAAAAAAGAAGAUAUUCACGGUCAAGAUGGAGUGUUAACAGAUGAAGAUAUCUUGGGUGAUGGUGAAGGUACACUGGAUGAAAAAGACGAAACUUUAGGUCACGAUGGAGGAAUGACAGAUGAGAACGAAGCUACCACAGAUCAAGAUGGACACACAAUGGGUGGAGAGAAUUUAAGCCACGAUGGAAGUACAACAGAUGGAAAGGAGGAUGCCUCGGAUGAGGAUGGAAAUAUGGCAAAGGAAAGUAUCUCUGGUGGUGAAGAUGGUACUCGUGCUCAGAAGAAUGAAGAAGACAAGUCAGUUGACUUGGGGGAGGAAUUAUACGAAGAUGCUAUGAGUUUGCUGAACAAUUCUAAAACUAAAGCUGAUCCAAGCAUUUUAUCAAACUUGGAGAAAGCUGCUUACGAGCACGAUCAUGCAAAGUCACAAGAGUAUUUAGGAAGAGAAUAUAUGUUUGGUGACAGCGUUCCUCAGAAUUUCACAAAAGCAUACGAGUUAUUUACGAUGGCUGCAAAUUGUGGAUUACCAAAAGCACAACAGAUGCUGGGAUUUAUGUACGCAUCUGGUAUGGAAGUGAACUCAAGUCAGAGUAAAGCAUUGGUUUAUCUCACCUUCUCGGCGUUGGGAGGUGAAACCAUGGCUGAAAUGACUUUGGGAUACAGACAUUUCUCAGGUAUAACAGUCCAGGAGAACUGCGAGACCGCCCUUACUUACUACAGAAGAGUGGCAAGCAAAGUGGUGGCUGAUGCCCACGUUAUUGGUGGUCCUGCCGUUCAGCGAACCCGAUUGUCAGAUGAGGUAGAUCAGAAUAGUAACAAUGCAAUGUUGGAUGAAGAUUUAAUUCAAUACUAUCAAUUUUUGGCUGAUAAAGGUGAUGUCCAAGCACAGGUUGGUCUUGGUCAGUUGCAUUAUCAGGGUGGUAGAGGCGUGGAUCAAGACUACGCCAGGGCUUACCGAUAUUUCCAACUAGCUGCCGACACCGGGAACCCCAAUGCGUACGCCUUCUUAGGAAAGAUGUACCUGAAUGGAAACAGCGCGGUGAAAGCAAGCAAUGAGACUGCUUUGAAGUACUUUAAAAAAGCUGCUGAUUUGGGUAAUCCUGUUGGCCAAAGUGGAGUUGGUUUGAUGUAUUUACAUGGGAAAGGCGUACCUAUGGAUUAUGCCCAGGCAAUUAAAUACUUCAAGUUAGCCGCAGAUCAAGGCUGGGUGGAUGGACAACUACAACUGGGAACAAUGUAUUAUCAUGGUUUGGGAAUGAAACGAGACUAUAAACAAGCUAUUAAAUACUUUAACUUCGCCUCUCAGUCAGGUAACAUACAAGCAAUCUACUUUCUGGCACUUAUGUAUUCCUCUGGCACUGGUAUUGUUCGCUCAUGUCGUACAUCAACGGAGCUUUUCAAGAACGUGGCGGAACGCGGGAGAUGGUCAUCAUUGUUGAUGGACGCUCAUAAAGCUUACAAAUCAGGCAACACCAAUCAAGCAUUGAUUAAAUAUGCCUAUCUUGCUGAACUAGGUUAUGAAACAGCACAGAGCAACGUCGCAUUCAUACUAGAUCAAGACCUGAAUACCGUGAUGACUGACAACCACACGUACCCAAGAGCGUUGCUCUACUGGACCAGAGCUGCCGAUCAAGGUAACGUCGGAGCUCGUAUCAAGGUCGGAGAUUACUAUUAUUACGGUCAAGGAACGAAGGUGAACUACGAAACGGCCGCAUUUCACUACACCGUGGCCCAGGAACAACAUCGCAGCGCACAGGCCAUGUUCAACCUCGGUUAUAUGCACGAGAGGGGAUUGGGAAUGAAACAGGAUGUCCACCUUGCUAAACGAUUUUACGAUAUGGCUGCCGAGGCCAGUCCUGAUGCUCAGGCACCUGUCACGCUGGCUUUGGCAAAACUUGCUGUGGUGUACGGCUUUGAUUGGGUCAAUAGGAACUAUGUCUUUUGGUCGCAUUUUCAUGUCAACAUGGACGAGCGUUUGGGCAAAGACUGGGACAUCUACGUGAUGACAACGCUCGCAAUUCUUGUUGGAUUACUUAUAUUAUAUCGAUGGAGGUAUUAAGUGCGAGACAUUAGAAUUUACUUUUCAGUCUAUCGAUAGGAGAGAGGUGAGAUGAAAUACGAUUUUGUAUAUACAUAAAACACUAGAAAACGAGAUUUACAUUGAUUGGUCAUUUUCUAACUCUGAAGAUUGUUCCUGUCAAUCUAAAGACGUCGUUUUCAGGACAGGCUAAAUUUUUUAUAAAGCGGACUUCGCACUUGCCGAGAAGUGGUUUUUGCAGUUUUCCCCUCUGCUAUUGUCUCCACCACCAAGCCUCAUCUUUAAUGCAAUAUAUUCUCUUUACUUCAAAGUGAAGUUUGGUUGUGAAGACAAUAGCAGAAGGGAAAACCAUUAUGGAAAGAAAUGUUAUUUUCUACACUGUUUUCCUUUGAGAGUUUUGAGAGAUAUACAUUUAACAGCUCAGAUAAGUGUGAUAGGAAGGUAAGGUGUGUCUACUAAUCCCAGCAAUGCUUCACAAUGUUGUUGUGAACUUUAUAGGCAUUUGUAAGUUCAUAAUAAAUAUUUUACCAAACACAUAACCAAAUUUUAGAUUGUGAAAGAAUUAACGUUUUAGUUAAAGGUUUCAU